AUGUCAUCUCCUGGUGCUGAGCAAGAAACAGCUGUUUUAAGCGGCGACGAACAAGAAUUAUCUAAGGAAGAAAGAUUGGAAGCCGCUCGUAAAAAAUUCGAGGAAUUGAAGAAGAAGAAAAAGAAGUCCAAGAAGAAAUCCAAGAAGGGAAAGGAAGAUAAGGACGAAGAGACGGCAGAAAAUGAUGAAACCGAUGGCAAGGAUACAACAAAUGAUACCCAAACUGAUGGUGAAGCAGCGAAGGUAGAUGCUGACGAACCAGAAGAAGGGGACAAGGAACAAGAAGGGAAAGUGGUAAGUGAUGAAACUGAGAAAAACAAGGAGAAAGCUGAUGAUAUUGAAGAAAAGAGCCUGAAUACUCCAGGGGAUGCAAAGGAUGAACUGAAAGUUACAAAGGAUGCGAAAGAUGAACUUAAAGUUACAGAGGAGACGAAGGAUGAACCUAAGGCUGUGGAUGAUGCUAAAAAUGAAGUGAAAGUAGAUAAAGUAAACGAUAACAAUGCCAAUGUAGACAAGAUAGCUGAUGAGAAAGCAGAAAGUAGCAAAAAUGAGAAAAAUGCAGAUGAAGUGAAAGAUAAGGUCGAGGCUGAAGCUCUUACUAAUGAAAGGCAAAAAGAGAAUGAUGAUGAAAAAGUAAAGAUAACGAAAGAAGCUGAAAAGGAAAAAGUUAAGGAUGAGAAAAUAGAUUCAGCAGCUAGUGUUGUUGGAGAAGACGAAAUUGCCUCUUUGAACGCUACUAUCGAACUACAAAAAUCGACCAUUAAAAAAUUGAGAGAUGAAAAUACUGAUUUGAAGUUGUCUCGAAUGGACUUACAAGAUAGAAUUGUUGAAUUAGAGGGCCAAUUGAAAAAUGCUCCUCUGCCCACGUCCAAGGCUGAAGUCCCACAAAGUUCCCCACAGAAACUGGCAAUCAAACCAGCAAAGCCAGUUUUCACCCAAAACGAUUAUGCUUCAGUAUCUCAGCAAAACUUUGCUAGUUUCUCGCACACGGACGAUUUCAGAGAGAAAUUAAUGGUGUGGAAAGGCUGGCAAGUGGAUAUGAGACUUUGGAAUGCAACGAAUAACACUCAAAAAAUAUCUCUUUAA